GCUGUGACGGGGCAGGAAGGGCGGAAGCGAGGAGCGAUUCCUAGGGGAAUGCGACGCCCCUGGCCCGGACUCGUGGAUACCCCGAGUAUGGGUCGGGGGCUGCGGAAGUGGGUCGCGUUUUGUGUCACCCCCAUGAGUGGGGACUAAGGAGCAGGCAGGAAAGACGCCGCCGCCUGAGUCUGCAGCCCGCGGGGUUCUUGGUGGGGCGAGGCGGCUGAUGCCCCGCGGGGACCCAGGGAAAAGCUGGAGGAGGCGAAGGGGGGGGGGGGCACCUUCUGCAGGCGCCGAACCCGAGGGGAGAGGAAGGAGAUGGACUUCGAGAUGAAUGGAAGUAGGAGUUUAUUUCGAGAAAACCAUGGCAAAGCCAAUUGAAAAAUGCAGUACUUAUUCUCCUGAAUCUACAGUGUCUUCUCUUCUAACAAGUUGCAGCUCAAAGAGCAAGAAUUCCUCAAACUCAAGUGGACCUAUAAAGUAUAAAAACAAGCUUUACAGCUCUGCUUCUCAGGCAUUACAGGCUUAUAUCGAUGAUUUUGAGCUAAACUCUAUGUAUCGUGAUAAAAGUAUUAGAAAGUUUAACCUUGUUCAAAAUUCCAAGUUCUCCAAACCUCUUUCUAAACCACCAAAGGGUGUUGAAGACUUUGACUACAAAAGAUCAAAGUCAUUGUCUUUUAGAAAUCCCAUGAUUAAUGACAUCGACUCUAUUAGCCUAACAACUGAUGAUUUAGUACGUUUUCCACCAGAUGGAUCAUUGUCUACCAACACUUAUCUUGGAUCAGUGCAUCAAAAUACCAAGCAGGACAGAAAAUUUCUUAAAAAAGCUUCAUACUAUGAACGAAAUCCCAGGUUUCUAGAUCAUUGUAAUCCUGUGGGAAAUGAGGACCUAUUUACUCCUGUUUUAUUCUCAGAUACCAAUGAAAAACAUUAUGGUGUGAUUAAAAAAACUCCAAAUAAGCAUUGUAAAUACAUUUCAGCAUCAUCAACAUAUUCUUCAGAGAUGUCUUCUCCCAAAGAAAAUUCAAAGCACCACCAUACUAGAAAAAAUUACCCAAGAUGGCUUACUAGCCAGAAGUCUGAUCUUAAUGUGUCAGGAAUAUCUAGUGUUCCUGAUUACAAUUAUCCACUUUGGUUACACGAUCAAGAUUUGUUACCUGAUUCAUACAGUGAAAGUAGUGCUGAGAUGCAAAAAAGUGAACACACUUACAUGGAAAAAAGGAAAACUCAAUUUGCUCAUAAAUUGGAUUGUUAUGAACAUUCACUUAGACAUUGUAGCAUUUCAGACUCCAGGAGUGACAAAGUAUUAGUUAAUUGUAAACGGAGCUGUGAACUUGGCCAAUUUCAAUAUGAGACUAGACCUUUCUCGGGUCAAUCUAAAAAGCCAUUCAGUGAUGACAAAAUUGAAUUGCUUAUUCUGAAGGCCAAGAGAACUUUAGAACAUUCUUCUGGAGAAUCGUCAAGUUAUAUGAAAAAUGAUGUCAAUCCCUGCUCUCUAGAUAAACUAGAAGCAGAAAGAUCAUGGGAAAAUAUUCCAGUUACUUUUAAAUCACCUGUGCCCGUGGAUUGUGGUGAAAAACCUCAACAAAUUAUAAAGGUCACACGUGUUCAUGGAUUCCUUGAGGAUUGUUUAAAUGAGGAUAAUUCGGUAAAGACAAGUACACUAUCUGGAGGUAAACAUCAUGGUCCUGUUGAAGCUCUGAAACAAAUGUUAUUUAACCUUCAAGCAGUGCAAGAAAGUUUUAAUCGAUAUAAAUAUGAUGAGCCACAUGAAGAGAUUAAACAAAACUGAACAACUAAAAAAGGAAAAGACAACCCUCCUACCAAAAUGUGUACAAAUUCAACAAAUUCCCCAUAACCAAAAAAUAUAUGUCUCAUUCUUAAUUUAAAGUCUUUCACUUAUGUACUUCAUCUCUGGUCUUCUGAAAUCAUGAUUUGUCAUUGUAUUGAUCAGAGCUCUUAAUCUUUCAAAGACAGUUGUCUUUACAGUGCUAUUGUUAUAGUAACUUUUCAUGCUUUUGCGUGUUUUGUUCCACUUCAGUUCAUGAAGGUCUUCCCCUAGGUUUUUCUGAAUCUGUCCCCUUCAUCAUUUUUUACAACAGAUUAAUUUUACAUUAUGUUCUUAUACCAUUAUGUAUUCAGCUUUUUCCUUUGCCACUACAAAAAGGAGUGUUAUAAAUAUUUUUGUACCUGUAGUGGUAGUCUCUGGGUGACCAAGAAUGACGAUUGUCUUUGUGCAUUAUCAUCUAUUGAUGUACCCUCAUGUGGCUUUGAAGUCCAAAGGCUGAGGCGCAGAGUUUGUGGCACAUGGGGCCUGGGACGCCAGUUACUGGAGGUGCGGAUGUGGCCUGGUGUCGGCGUUCACGCGCAGCGGCAAGACGUCGACGUCUCUCAUCUUCACAGUGGUGGCGGCCUGGUGAAUGUGGGCUCGCCAGCUGCUUCUGACAGAGGCAGCGAGUUCUAGUUGCUUUGGUGUAAUGCCAGCCCACUUCAAGUUGGACUUUAGCUGAUCCUUGAAUCUUUGUACCUGUGGUAUGGGGUAUAUACCUAGUAACGGUAUAACUGAGUCAGAGGGUAUGCACAGCUUAGUAACUUUUGGGUUGUGGUUCUUCCGGAAUGACUAGAUCAAUUCACAAUUCCACCAACAGUAUAUUGUCGUGCCUGUUUUCCCCACACCCCCUUCUGCAUUUGUCAUUUUUCCUUUUUUGUUAACUUUGCCAACCGUUUAGGUAUAAGGCGGAACCUUAGUGUUGUUUUAAUUUGUAUAUUUCUUAAGAGUGAUUUGGAAGACAGCUAAGUGGCUCAAUAACUACAGCACUGGGGCUGGAGUCAGGAAUAUCUGAGUUCAAAUCCAACCUCAUACACUUAUAGCUGUGUGACCCUGGUCAAGUCACUUAACCUCUGUUUGCUUUAAUCCACUGGAGAUGAAAAUGGCAAACCAUUGCAAUAUCUUUGCCAAGAAAACCUUGUGAAUAAUAUUGGAGUGUUAAGGUCCACCAGGUCAUAAGGAGUUGGAAAAGACUGAAGGACUGAACUACAACAACAAUAGUGAUUUGGGCUAUUUCCUUGGGAAACUACCUGUUGAUAUUUUUUGAACAUCUGUCAACAGGAGAAUAACUUUUUUUAAUUGCAUUGUUGUAGCUACUGUGUGCAUUUUUUGUUAGUUCUUAUCCUAGUUCUUUUAUCAUUUCAUGUUUUUCCAUGAGUUUUUUAUAAUCAUCAUAUUCUUCAUUUCUCACAGAAUAAAUAAUAUUCUAUUCCAUAUGUAACAUUUAGCCACUUCCUAAGAUUUGCAUCUACUUUGUUUCUAGUUCUUUGC